CGUUUGUACUAGCGUUCGUACUAGCGUUCAUACAAAUGUUCGUACAAACGUUCGUACAAAUGUUUGUACUAACGUUUGUACAAACGUUCGUACAAGCGUUCGUACUAACGUUCGUACAAACGUUCGUACAAACGUUCGUACAAAUGUUCGUACAAACGUUCAUACUAACGUUC